GCAUAUUCUGUGAUCUAAGUUAACCCCAAAUUUAUUAUCAACAAAGCAAAACGUGUACCUGUUUAUCAGUUAAAUACUUUUUAUCCGAUUGAACUAACUAUAGUUGUAAUUUUUGUGUUUCAUUUCAAGAGGUGAAUAAAUCAAGCAAGUAUGGGCAAAAUAAAAAAGUUGAAACCCUCUCAAGUAGCAUCCAAGGCUUCGUUGGAAGAGGAUAUAGAGCAAACAAAAUUUGCUCAGUCGAAAAAUAGGAAUAAAAUAAGAAAUAGACGCGAUGAGGAAGAACAAUUUGUUGAAUCCAAUUUAUCUAAAAAAAUAUUGAAAAUAGCUAGGGAGCAACAAAGGGAGUUGCAACCUGUUACUGAGUUACAAAAUAGUGUACAAAAGAUCUUUGUGGAUACCCAAGAUUCAGACUCCGAAGAAGAAGUCUUAGAAAAUGUUCAAGAAUAUGAAGGUUUUUUUGAUAAUAUGCAAAUUAGCCAGGAAGAUGAAGAGGCUAUUAAAAAAUUCAUGUCUUCUAAUCCAAAACCAAAAAGGACAUUGGAAGAUGUUAUUAUGGAUAAAUUGACAGAAAAAAAGACCGAAUUAGAGUCGCAAUUCAGUGAUACUGCUAGUGUAAAAGUGAAAAAUUUGGAUCCUAAAGCUGCAGCGCAGUACGAAGGGUGUGCUGAAGUUUUGAAAAAAUAUAGAAGUGGAAAGUUACCUAAAGCAUUCAAAUGUUUGCACAAGUAUAAUGAUUGGGAGGAGAUGCUGUAUCUAACAGAACCUUCCAAUUGGUCAGCUGCAGCAAUGUAUCAAGCUACUAGAAUUUUUGCUUCUAAUCUCGAUGAAUCAAGAGCUCAGAAAUUUUACCAUUUGGUAUUGUUACCUAGGGUUAGAGAUGAUUUGGCAGAAUAUAAAAAACUCAACUUUCAUAUAUAUCAAGCUCUAAUAAAAGCAAUAUAUAAGCCCAAAGCUUUUAUGACAGGUUUGAUCUUUCCUCUUCUUGAAAGUGGAGAUUGUACUCUAAGAGAGGCCAUUAUUAUUGGAUCUGUAAUUGAUAAGUAUUCGGUGCCUGUUUUGCACUCCUCAACUGCUCUUUUUAAGAUAGCUCAAAUGGAUUACACUGGAGCAAAUUCCAUAUUUUUGAGAAUACUUUUGGAUAAGAAAUAUAGUUUACCCUAUCAAGUUGUCGAUGUAGUUCAUAAUCAUUUUAUGGAUUUUCUAGGUGACGAAAGGGAAAUGCCUGUUUUAUGGCAUCAAGCUUUGUUAACAUUUGUACAAAGAUACAAAUCUGAUAUAACAUUUGAUCAAAGGAGUAAACUAUACACGUUAUUGGAAAAACAAAGACAUCAUGAAAUUACGCCAGUAAUUCAUAGAGAGCUUAUGCAUGCUAAAUGUAGAAAUAAUCCUGUAUAAAUUUGGUCAGUUCAUUUAGAGCCAGACUCUUAAGCAUUGUGUAUAAUUGUACCAUAAUAAUAAAAUAUUUGUUUGAGGAAG